GUCAUUUGGAUUCAGCGAUCCUUUGUGGGUAGAUGUGGUUACAGUAGGCUAGGUAGUUGCACAGAAAGGUCUGUGCGUGAGUGUGUGCGCGCGUGUGUGUGGAUGUGCACUCCUAGAAUAGAAAGCCAAAGGAAGAAGAAGAAGGAGAAGGAGAAGAGAGGCGGGAUCGGUGUGUGUGUGUGUGCCUUGUUCAAAUCCAGGGUGAAGCCAAUACAUAGUCUGUAACAGAUCGAUCAGCACUUUGCGCUCCCUUUGAGGAUUUUAUGGAUGUUUGAUUAGUGGAUGUGAUGCCCAUAUAUAUCAUCGACCGAAAAUUUCCCGACACAUCUGGUGAGUAUAUACAGCCGGCAGCUGAAGGAGGAGACCUGAGAAUGACAGAGACCAACACCCCCAAGUCGGCUAAGAAGCCCCGUUGGACUUCCCUGGAGGUCGGCCUCAUUACUAUCGUUUCCUUGCUCUUCAUCGUCAUUGUCGCCCUCAUCAUCCUCUUUGCCACACAGAAGACUGAUGAGAUCUGCACCACAGCUGAUUGCACGCAGUCAGCAUCUCGCCUCAUUGAGAACAUGGAUACUAGCGUGGACCCUUGUGACAACUUCUACCAGUAUGCCUGCGGAGGCUGGCUAAAAAAGAACAUCAUCCCUGAGACCAGCUCUAGAUACAGCACCUUUGACAUCUUACGAGACGAACUGGAGGUUAUUCUGAAAGGUGUCCUUGAAAAGACAGUGGAGGGGGAAGCCACUGCUCUCACCAAAGCUAAGACCCUAUACAAGUCCUGUACCAAUGAGACUUUAAUUGAGCUCAGAGGAGGGGCCCCUUUGCUCGACAUGCUACCUGAUGUGUUUGAGUGGCCCAUUGCUGUAGACAACUGGGAGACCAACUACGGUAAAACAUGGAGGUUGGAGAAUGUCAUUGCCAAGCUGAAUGAGAAAUAUGGAACUCAACUCUUAGUUAACUUUUUUGUCGGCACUGAUGACAGGGACUCCAAUUCACACAUCAUUCAUUUUGACCAGCAGACAAACCUCGGCCUCUUGUCCAGAGAUUACUACGCGUGCACCGGACCCUAUGCAGAGGCAUGUCGGGCCUAUGAGCAGUUCAUGAUUGACCUGGCGAAGCUGAUCCGCACUGACCGCAAACUGGCCAUCAAUGAAACCCGCAUAAGAGAGGAGGUGACACGAGUUAUGGACCUGGAGAGGGACAUUGCCAACGCUACUGAUACUCCAGAGGAUCGUAACAAUCCAGUGUUGCUUUACAACAAGAUGGAACUGGGUGAUUUGAACGCCAACUUCACCCUUGAGGUUGAAUCGCGGGUAUUUGACUGGAGUUACUUCACAGCUCAGAUAAUGGAUACAGUCAACAUCAGCGUUACUGACACAGAAAAGGUCAUAAACUACUCCCCCAACUAUUACAGAAGACUCAACCUUAUCUUGGCCAAAUACAACAAGAGGGAUUUGCAGAACUACAUGGUGUGGCGUUUUGCAAUGAACAUGGUGGUGGGCCUGAGCAGAAGUUACAGGGAUACCAGGAAAGCCUUCCGCAAGGCUCUGUCUGGUACAACGUCAGAGGCGGCAGUGUGGCGACAGUGUGCACUUUACGUCAACAACAACAUGGACAAUGCUGUUGGACGACUGUAUGUGCAGGAGGCCUUCUCUGAAAAGAGCAAAGAACUAAUGGAGGAGAUGAUUAAAGACAUUCGAGAAGUGUUCAUUACUAACCUUGAUGACCUGACUUGGAUGGAUGCAGAGACUAAGAAAGCAGCUGAGGAGAAGGCCAGAGCUAUUCGAGAACGGAUCGGCUAUUCUGACAACAUCAUGGAUGACGGAUACCUUAACAAUGAGUACAAAGAUCUGAGCUACAGUGCAGAGGAGUACUUUGAAAACAUCCUGCAGAACCUGGAGUAUGUGCAGAAGAAACGCCUGCGGAAACUCAGAGUCAAAGUCAACAAAGAGGAGUGGGUAACUGGAGCUGCAGUUGUCAACGCCUUCUACUCAUCCAGCAAAAACCAAAUUGUAUUCCCUGCAGGUAUCCUUCAGCCGCCUUUCUUUAGCAAAGGCCAGGCUAAAUCUCUCAACUAUGGGGGCAUCGGCAUGGUGAUCGGUCACGAGAUCACACAUGGCUUUGAUGACAAUGGUCGUAACUAUGAUAAGGAUGGUGACCUGAAGGACUGGUGGACACCGGACUCUACUCAGAGGUUCCUGGAUCUGUCAAAGUGCAUAGUCAAUCAGUAUGGCAACUUUUCCUGGGACCUAGCCAAUGGACUUCAUUUAAAUGGUAACAAUACCCUCGGGGAGAACAUUGCUGACAAUGGAGGGAUACGGCAGGCGUAUCAGGCCUAUAAGAACUAUGUGCAGGAGCAUGGAGAGGAACCACCACUGCCUGGCAUUGACCUUUCCCACGACCAACUCUUCUUUUUAAACUUUGCACAGGUGUGGUGUGGAACACACCGACCAGAGCAAGCUGUUAAUUCCAUUAAAGUAGAUGUACACAGUCCAGGGAAAUUCCGGGUACUGGGCUCCCUUCAGAAUUUCCCAGAAUUUGCCAAAGCAUUCAGCUGCAACAAGAGCAGCUACAUGGUCCCCGACAACAUCUGCCGUGUGUGGUGAUCCACAGACCUCUGGGAUGGGGACUGUUCUGACGUAGGUCGUCCCUGUCCUCCUGCAGUACCUCUCCCCACUGACUGUUGGAGCACUCGUGGGGGGCUACAGGGAAGUGGAAACUCCCCUUAGCUCUUUACUGGAUGGACCAGGGCUGGUGGACUGACACUGCAGUAUCCACUUCCUCCAAGGAAAGCAGUGGACUAUACCCUCAUGGACAGACGGAGCACUGUACCUCCGACUCUUGAUACUGUAGUUCAUUCAAUCAGCGUGAUUAUUCUGCUACUCACCGGAUACAAUCACUUCUUGUGUUUUUAUUUUUCCUCUUCGUUUUCAUCUUGUUUUACUCAUCAUUUGUGAGUCUGCCAAUGUAUGUGUGAGCAUGUGUGUGUGUGUGUGUGAGAGAGAGAGAGAGAGAGUGUUUCAGUCAAAAUACUGUACAAGUAGUUGGCAAGAGAGGGGCAGACAGACAAAUGUGCAAAUCCACUGGCAGAUGAAUACCACCUACUCACUCACACUCAUACACAUGUAACAGGGCUGAACCACUGUACUGUAUGUGGGACUGAGCUGUAUGCCUCUCAUCAAACCUCAGCUGGUUUCAGCCUCCAUCUAUGUGCUGAUACACUCUACUCUAUUCAUAAUAUACUCUUUGUUAAUACUUAGAACUAGAUUAGGUAAAUUAUUACAGAAAAUCAGAAUUUAUUUUGCUGAAUAAACCAGUAAAUAUUUAUCUGUAAUCACAUAUUACACAAUACUGUUCUAUAUUUAAUAAUAAUGACUUAACUGCAGUUGAGAGGCAGCUGUCGUUUAUUAGCAGUAUGUCAAAUAAACCCAAAUAUUUUUUUUGCCUUUAAAACGACAGCUGGUCAUGAAUCAUUGAGCUGACAAUCGACAGCCAUUAGACCCUUUUUAUACAUUCACUGAGCCUCUUGUGUGUUUUUUUGAGGAUGUACGUCUCUAUGUGUUUUCGAGUCUUUUUAAAGGGAAACUCUGCCGAUUUUCAACCAGCUCUGUGUCACUGCAGUGCGUGAAUUGUCUUCAGAUGAGCACUGCGUUUGUCAAAUCUGGUUGAAAUUCAGCAAAGUUUCCCUUGAUCGCUACCUACUCUUUGUCUAGCAAAUUGGUAUGCCUUACAUUAUCUGUUUUGCUGCUGUGUCUGAGAGUCUGUGUCUGUGUGUUUGUAUUUGCAAGAGAACAAAGGAUAAGAAAAUGUAUCAUUAAAGCAAUAGUUUGCCUUUUUUUUAACAUUUACACUUAUUUGCUUUCUUGACGAGAUUUGAAAAAAUCGAUACCGCUCUCUUGUCUUUAUGCAACAGCCAGCAGCAGGUUAGUUUGGCUCAACAUAAAGACUGGAAACAAUUAGCCUAGCUCUAUCUAAAGGUAAAAGAAUGUGCCAGCAUGCAUCUACAAAGCUCACCAAAUCCACAAUACUUCUCAUUUUGUUAAUCUUUACAAAAAAACAAAGUGUGAAAACAACUAGAUGGGGUUUUGCAGGGUUUAAUGAUACAGCAAUGGAGCAAACUGCUUGGCCACUAUGAAAAUUCAAAACCUAGCGUACUUCUAAGGGAGCAGUUACUGCAUAUAGAAUCUCUACCAGCAGCCUGGUGUCAUUUAACUACAGAUAAAACAAACAUGAUAUAACAUGUUAAUUUGUUAGGUUUAAAUGUGCUGAAAGGCAGAUUUCGACAGAACCAGCUUGCCUUUUCCCCCCUGUUUCCAGUUUUUAUGUUAAGCUCAACUAUAUUUAUAUUUAACAGACUUAUAUGAGUGGUAUCAAUGAAUAAGUGUAUUUCACUAAAUGUUGAACUUUUCAAAAAGGAUCUCUCAGUUUGAUCUUCACUUAAUCGAGUGCACCAUGUCCCAUCUUUUUUUAUGACUUUUAACACAUUGAAGAAAAAGUCAGUUGACAGAAGAUGAUAAAAUUAAGCUUUCAAAGAACUUGUGUAUUUCUGUGGGUUAAGUCUGCUGAAAAUCGCUGAAAUUAGUGAAAUCUAAUUUUUUAACAGUGCAAGCAUUUUUCUAAAUGCAGAAGGUAUCAAGUCACUGGAUCACAGUUUAAUGUUUCCUGUUUUUAAUGGCUUUAUUUUUUACUUAGUACAGAAAGUAUAGCUGAGCCUGUAACACAAGGUUGGUAAUUGUGGUUUUUUUUUGCCUUUGCUUAUGGCUAUGAAUGAUGCACCAUGAUCAUGUAAACCACUUCUUCAGACAGUAUACAACACCCCCCACAUCCAGCCUUUAUCCAUUGUUGUUUCCCCAUAUUCUGGUCUUUUCAUUGUUUGUGCAAGCUUCCUAUGUCUCUGUCACCGUUGCUCACUCCCUCAGGCUUUCUUUCUCUCUGCCUCUCUCUCUCUCACACUUCACCUGUAAAAAGACAGAUAUACCUCAGUUGCCUGUAUUUAGAUACUUUAUAAUACUGACUGAUAAUCAUCUUGAGAAGCAUUUUU